UAUCAAGACAGGUCAGACUGUGGAGGGAAACACUGACAGACACACCGACUCAUCAAGGGCCGAACUUUCUCAGUGCACUGCAAGGAAGGAACGAAUAAAACGAGUGAUUAGUUUUACUCAAGUCACCUGCAAAGGUGGAAAGCGAACUUAAUUUCUGUGAACUCCUGACUUCCCUCUGCCUUGAAACAUGAAUCUGUCAGCACAAAUGGACUUGAUGUUCCUCCUGGUGAUGUUCUCCCAGAGCGAGCUGCUUCUGGCCGAAAACUCGGAAGAUGCCUACCAGGAACAUCUCAACCAUAUCGGGGAGCAUCAGGCCACACGCAACCAAAUUGCCAUGGCCCAAUACCAGUGCUUCCAGCGGAUGGUGAGAGAAGACUGGUACCGCAAUAGCAAAAUGACGGGACCAGUGUGCAACACAACAUGGGAUGGAUGGCUGUGCUGGGAUGAAACCGAAUUAGGACUCACAGCAGAGCAGAGAUGUCCGGACUACUAUAAAGACUUUGACCCCAAUGCAAUCGCGUCCAAAGUCUGCACGGAAACGGGCGAGUGGGGCCGCCAUCCGGAGAGCAACCGGACAUGGACAAACUUUACCAACUGUAAAGCCAACACAACACACCACGGCACGGCGGCGAUGACUCACUUCUACCUGGUCAUGAUUGGCCACGGACUUUCACUGGUCUCAUUGACAAUAUCACUGGCGAUAUUCUUCCAUUUUAAGAGUCUGAGCUGCCAGAGGAUCACCUUGCACAAGAACCUCUUCGUCUCAUUUGUCCUGAACUCCACGAUCACCGUCGUGUGGCUGACAACUGUGGUCAAGAAACAAGGACACACGCAUAACGACUCGGUGAGGCCCCCCCCCCCCAAUGGUUGUUUCCUUCCCAGAGAUGGUCAUGUGGUCAUUUUGUCGUUGCCGCGCUCGCAGGCCAGCUGCAAGCUGCUCAUGUUCGUCCACCUCUACCUGCUGAGCUGCAACUACUUCUGGAUGCUGUGCGAGGGCAUCUACCUGCACACGCUGAUUGUGGUGGCCGUGUUCGCGGAGAAGCAGCACCUGAUGUGGUAUUAUCUGCUGGGCUGGGGUUUCCCGCUGGUGCCAGCGGUGUUGCAUUCAAUAGGACGCCACUGCUACUACAAUGACAAAUGCUGGGUCAGCUCGGAUACUUCCCUACUAUACAUCAUCCACGGGCCGAUCUGCGCCGCGUUGGUGGUGAACCUCUUUUUCUUGCUGAACAUCGUGCGGGUUCUCAUCACGAAGCUGAGAGUGACCCACCAGGCCGAGUCCAGCCUGUACAUGAGGGCGGUGAGGGCCACGCUCAUCCUCAUCCCGCUGCUCGGCAUUCAGUUUGUGCUGCUGCCCUACAAGCCUCAGGAGCACUGGGUCUCGGAGAUCUAUCUCUACAUCAUGGAGAUCCUAAUGCAUUACCAGGGUCUGCUUGUGUCCACCAUUUUCUGCUUCUUUAACGGGGAGGUCCAGACAGUCCUGCGGAGGCACUGGAAUCAGCAGCAGAUGCAGUUCGCCGGCACGUUCGCCAACGCCGACCUCUUCCGCUCGGCUUCCUACGCGGCGUCGUCGCUCACCGAGGUCCACCGCUGCUACAGCAUCGAGAGCCACACCGAGCAGAACACUGUCAAAAGCUACUCCGACAUAUUCCGAUCAGACAGCCCCUUUGUGUGACCGGGACUUUCCCCCACCACACCUAUGUGUCCUUGAAGAGGAAAUCUCCAUCUUGAAGAAACUUUGAUUUUCCAGCACAUUCAAAGAAAUGUCAUUGUGACGUCUUUCCACUGGAUUUACGAGACUCGGGGGAGUGGAAUCUACAGCACACGUUGAUGCCACGCAGUCAAACUCUUUUUGGCCGUCACGGAUACGCCGCACCAUACGACUGUCAUCACAUCAGUCCCAGGUUAUCUUCUGAUUUCUCCACACAACUCAAGGACGUGCAAUGAAGAAAAAAUAGAUCCUCUUCAUACUUGCCAACCCUCCCGAUUUUUCCGGGAGACUCCCGAAUUUCAGUGCCCCUCCCGAAAAUUUCCCGGGACAACGAUUCUCCCGAAUUCCUCCCGAUUUUCACCCGGACAACAAUAUUGAGGGCGUGUCGUGAUGGCACUGCCUUUAGCGUCCUCUACAACUUGUCGUCGCGUCCGCUUUUUCAGCAUACAUACAGCGUGCCGGCCCAGUCACAUGUUGUAUGCGGCUUCUACAGACACACGUAUGUGACUGGAAGACAUACUUGAUCAACAGCCAUACAGGUCACACUGAGGGUGGCUGUAUAAACAACUUUAACACUGUUACAAAUAUGCGCCACACUGUGAACCCACACCAAACAAGAAUGACAAACACAUUUCGGGAGAACAUCCACACCGUAACACAACAUAAACAUAACAGAACAAAUACCCAGAAUCUCUUGUAGCCCUAACUCUUCCGGGCUACAAUAUACACCCCCGUUACCACCAAACCCCCCCCAAGCUCGCCCACCUCAACCCCCCCCACACCUCAAUUCGGAGGUCUCAAGGUUGGCAAGUAUGAUUCUCUUGUACAUUCUUUGUUAUUUUCCGUGUUUCCUUUUUCUUUUCUUAUUUAUAUUUCUGUCACGCAAGCUCCAACAAUACUGAGGUUCAGAUAUUUGAUCAUUCCUACAUGCUGGAGGGGAGUUUGAAAGAUGACGACUGUUAUAUUGUACAUAAAUGACACGUAUAUAUCUUGAUGUAACAUUCAAAUAACUUGAUGGAAAGAAGUUAUUAUGGUCUAUAUGGGAAAUACACUAUAUUGCCAAAAGUAUUUGGCCGCCUGCCUUUUACUCACCUAUGAACUUAAAGUGCCAUCCCAUGGAAUUGUCCAAAAUGUUUUGGUAUCCUGGAGCAGUCAAAGUUCCUUUCAUGGCCUCACAGACAGUCAAGAAAUGUUGAACUCUUUUUUAAUUUUUAAUUUUUAUUUUUUUAAUUAAUCAAUCCAACAAAACAAUACACAGGGCAGCACGGUGGGAGAGGGGUUAGUGCAUGUGCCGCACAAUACGAAGGUCCCGAGUAGUCCUGAGUUCAAUCCCGGGCUCUGGAUCUUUCUGUGUGGAGUUUGCAUGUUCUCCCCCGUGACUGCGUUGGUAGAGUGGCUGUGCCAGCAACUUGAGGGUUCCAGGUUCGAUCCCAGCUUCUGCCAUCCUAGUCACUGCCGUUGUGUCCUUGGGCAAGACACUUUACCCACCUGCUCCCAGUGCCACCCACACUGCUUUAAAUGUAACUUAGAUAUUGGGUUUCACUAUGUAAAGCGCUUUGAGUCACUGGAGAAAAAGCGCUAUAUAAAUAUAAUUCACUUCACACUUCACCCGGGGAUAGGUUGAUUGGCAACACUAAAUUGGCCCUAGUGUGUGAAUGUCUAUCUGUGUUGGCCCUGCGAUAAGGUGGCGACUUGUCCAGGGUGUACACCGCCUUCCGCCCGAAUGCAGCUGAGAUAGGCUCCAGCACCCCCCGCGACCCCAAAAGGGACAAGCGGUAGAAAAUGGAUGGAUGGAAAACAAUACACAACAAUACCAUAAUAAUGCAAUUCCUAUUCCAAAACCAAACCCGACCCAGCAACAUUCAGAAUAGCAAUAAACAGCAAUUGAGAGGACGCACAAACGUGACACAAAACAAUCUAAAAGUAGUGAAACAAAAAUGAAUAUUAUCAACAACAGUAUCAACAUUAGUAACAAUUUCAACAUAGCAGUGAUUAAAAUUCCCUCAUUGACAUUAUCAUUACAGUGUCAGGUUCAAACACCAAACUAUUAAACUAGACAAGAAGCAAGGAAUCAAGCAGAGACAGAGUUAAAUUUGGCUCAUGAGGAGAGACGUAUUGGGCUGUACACUCAGUUACAGCUUCACCCUACGCUCUAAGGUACAGUCCCACGUGCUCCUCUAUUUAUUUGGGAGUUCCCUAGUUAACAUCACUGACGCUGCUUCUAAAGGGAGGGGUAAUGCAAGCAGCCCCAGUAAACAUAAUACAUGAUUAUUCAGAAUGGAUAUGUGCUGGCACCCGUGAUUUCGCCCUGUCUCUGUUUUGUCUGCGUUGAGGUACUCGAUGUCCGUCCUCGGCUGUCAGCAGGCAGGGUCUGUAAACAAACUGCUGAUAUGAGACAACUCGCAAUUACAAGUUGUGCCUUUGCACGGACAGAAAAGUACAACUUCAGCACAAUUGAUAAUAACUAUAGCAUAAGAGUUGUGUGAUAACUUAUACAUAAUUAUUCUAACAUUGCCCUCCUGUUUAUCACAUAACUUCCCAAGAGGACACACAAACAUCCCACAAAACAAUCUAAAAGCAGUCAAACAAAAAUAAGUAUCAACAACAGUAACAAUUUCAACAUAGCAGUGAUUUAAAAUCCCUUAUUGACAUUUUCAUUACAGACAUUUAUAAAAAAAAAUAAAAAUAAAAAAAGAUAAAAUAAGUAAUAUUUUUGGUUCAUUUAAUAGUUAAAACAAAUAUAAAUAAUGCAUCCUAUACGUUGAACUCUUCAAAUAGACACAAAGUCGCCAACCCAAGGGACAGCGUGGCGCGGUUGAAAGAGUGGCUAUGUCAGCAACAUGAGGGUUCCUGGUUCGAUCCCCAGCUUCUACCAACUUAGUCACGUCCGUCGUGUCCUUGAACAAGACUCUUCACCCUUGCUCCUGAUGGGUGGUGGUUAGGGCCAUCAGUGUGUGAAUGGGUGGAUGUGGAAAUAGUGUCAAGGCGCUUUUGAGUACCUUGAAGGUUAGAAAAAGUGCUAUAUAAGUAUAACCCAUUUACCAUUUAACCCCUGAUCUAGACUAAAUAUGGUUGCACAUCCGCCUGCAAUACAUUGACAGCAAAAAAGAGCUGACGAAAAAAUGUAAUUAAAAAGACUAGAUUUUAGAGGGGAAAAAUAGUGAACUCAUCUGUCCAUGCUGCUAGUUAAUUUUACUUAAUGAGACUACAAAUUAAGAAUGGUAUAUCUAGAAAUUGCCAAGACUUUUAAGAUAUAAAUAAAUAUUUUUAUUCUGAAAAGAAGCAUUACUCGACUUACAAUUCUUAAUUUAUGCAUCCUCUGGUGGUUGCAGAACCUUGAAACAAGACUUUCCAUGUGGGGAAAACCAAAUUAUCUUAUUUGUUAACAUUUUUAAACUACAAUACAUAAAAUAUGAAUAUUCAUAAAAAAUAAUAUGAUGUAAGGUCAAUCACUGAAAAAAAUUAAAUAUCUCAAAAUCUCUAUAAAAAAAUAUAUUCUUUUAUAGGGAUUUGAGGGUUGAGAUAGUUUUGCACCCCCCACCACCAUCCUCAACAACCCUCCCACACUUCACCUCAUUGUGUGUAGUUUGUCGUUUCUACUCUAUGACGAGGGUGAGUCAAUAAUGCGCUAAAUGGCUGAUUGAAUGAUGUGUUUGAUUUAAUGCGAACAAUUUCAUUAGUCCACCGUGACCCGUUGGGGUAUUUCAUCGGUCUUAUGUGACGAGGCUACCUUUACUGGCGUAGUGUGAAGCCUGUGAACUCAGAAAAAUAUAUACAUUAGCCGCAACGUUGUAUAAAGCACAGACGGGGUUCAAAACGUGGUUAAAAAAAAAGUAGCGGCUUAUAGUCCGAAAAUUACGAUAACAAUGUUGAUAUUUGUGUUUAUCCACUUGCAUUUGGAAGAGAAAAGCCUUUUUGGUGAUUUAUGUACUGUAACAUAGUUUUGCAAUAUGUGUUUGUGCAGAAAAAAAUGCAGAAUGUAAGGGAAAAAAAUCAAAAUGUUGAUAAUAAUAAUACUCUAUUUUCACCUAAUUAUUUUUUUCAGUGGAAAAAGUCAGGACACCUCAAUGGUAUAGACCAGGGGUCGGCAACCCGCGGCUCCGGAGCCGCAUGCGGCUCUUUGAUCACUCUGAUGCGGCUCAGCUGCAUACUUGCCGACCCCCCCGAUUUUCCCGGGAGACUUACGGAUUUCAGUGCCUCUCGCAGAAAACUCCCGGGAUCAGUAUUCUCCGAUUUUCACCCUUACAAUAAGAAUAAGUGCAUGCCAUGAUGGUACAGCAUUUUGCGCCCUCUACAAUCUGUUUUAACAGCGUGCCAGCCCAGCCUCUCGUUAUAUGCAUCUUCUGCUUGCACACGUAAGUGACAGCAAGGCAUACUUGGUCAACAGCCACACAGGUUACACUGACGGUGACCAUAUAAAACAACUUUAACACUCUUACUAAUAAAGCGCCACACUUUGAACCAAAACCAAACAAGAAUGACAAACACAUUUCGGGAGAACAUCUGCACCUUAACACAACAUAAACACAACAGAACAAAUACCCAGAAUCCCAUACAGCCCUGACUCUUCCGGGCUACAUUAUACACCCCCGCUACCACCAAACCCCGCCCCCACCCCAACCCUGCUCCCUCACACCGCCUGUGCGUCGGUUGAGGUGGGCGGGGUUUGGUAGCGGGGGUGUAUAAUGUAGCCCGGAAGAGUUCAUAUAAAACCUGCGGGCCGCACUAACAUUCAAUUUUCAUAUUAAGGUGUUGACCGCGUGUCUGAGACCCUUGGUUUAUACAUAGCACAAAGCAAGAAAAAAAACUUUGUAUGCAGUGUUAUUUCAUUUUAAAUUUCAAAAGAUAUUUGUGGCUCCCAUUGUUAUCUUUAAUUUGUGAAACUGGUCAAAAUGGCUCUUUGACUGGUAAAGGUUGCCGACCCCUGGUAUAGACAAAGAUCCUAAAAACGCUGUAAAUAAAGAUGGCUUUUUUUAAACAUCCACUGCUGGUAGCGUUUGAUGACUUUGAAAGGCAGAGAAUAUUUUUUUGUUUUCUGGCACGUUUAAAGAAAAGGGUGGGAUUUCCUCGUCUGACCCGAGCGCUUGACUGCAACUUCCAGACAAAGUGACGGCAUGUU